CUCUUACUUGUUCUUUCUGUGUUUAUAAACAGAGGAAGCGGCCAAUGGUCAGUCGCAUGUGACGUCACUACCGCACACAGCACAGGUCUACGCGAAGCGCCGAAACGCUUCAGAAUUCCGCGUGAAAGCCGUCGCGUGAGGGCCGUGUCCGCGCUUCAGCCGCGUCAGCGCUCGCAGCUUCGGGGUCCGUCGUGUGUUUUCGCUGCUUUUCUCCGCCACAUGUAACGCACGUGUCGUCCGGUUCCAGGAACUGCAGCAGCGUUAACCGUUUGCGCGCCGGAUGAUACGAGAGCGCGCGCGAGAGAGAAAGAAGAAACAAAGUUACCACAAAGUAGCGCGCGCGGCGUCAUCUGUUACAAUGUCGCGAGCAGACGGAGAGAUGAGAGAGCGCGCGGAAUAAGUCUGAACUCGUAUUUAAUUUCCAUCCUAAACGUUUCACCCCUCCUCUCUCUACCUCUUACCCCCCCCCCCCUCCUUCUCCUCAAUUCCUCCCUCCUCCGGUAAUCCGGACCGGGUGUUGCGGCUUGCGCGUCUCCCGUGUUGUGACUACGACCGAGAGCAACAGCAGCACAGCGAGGCGAGGCGAGGCGGCCCGACACUCAGCCGUGUCUCAGACUUCAGUUCCUGUUCGAAGUUGUUUAGAAACAACAAACAAGAAUUUUUCUUUUUAAAAAUAACAAAAAUGGCAGACUACGCGGACGACACCGGUGCUCGGGCUCUCCUCGCGCUGAAGUCCGCGCCGUGCAGCCCGGUGGCGGUGACUGUGGCCGCGCACGCUCUCUCCCCGGCGCCGCUCUCCCCGUCCCCCCCUCCUCCCCCCGCGGUGCAGGCCCUCGCUCGCCUCCACGGCCGCGACUUCGACUUCGUCAUGCGGCAGCGCUCGGUCACGGUGGGACGCAACUCGUCGCACGGCUCCGUCGACGUCAGCAUGGGCCACUCGAGCUUCGUGUCGCGCCGCCACCUGCAGAUCACCUUCGAGGAGCCCGACUUCUACCUGCGCUGCCUCGGCAAGAACGGCGUGUUCGUGGACGGCGUGUUCCAGCGGAGAGGCGCGCCGCCGAUCCGGUUACCCCGAGAGUGCACAUUUCGUUUUCCCAGCACGGUGAUAAAGAUUCAGUUUACCUCACUGUACCACAAAGAGGUGCUGAGGGAGGAGGCACCCGUGUCCCCAGUGAGACCCCUGUACCCCCAGAUCUCACCACUGAAAAUCACCAUUCCUGAGAACGACUUCAGAAGCAUGAUAAGUCCGCUGCCUUCACCCACAGGAACCAUCAGUGUGCCGAACUCUUGUCCAGUGAGUCCUCGGGGUGCAGGAUCCUCCGGCUAUCGCUACGGACGCAACAUAACCUCUGACCUGCAGUUGGCAGCCGAGUACGCGGCCAAAGCUGUGUCUGAGCAUCGCACAGAGGUCUCGGACAGAGACAGCCCCAAGGACGAGUCCAAGCCUCCGUACUCUUACGCCCAGCUGAUCGUGCAGGCCAUAUCGUCGGCUCCGGACCGACAGCUGACACUAAGCGGCAUCUACGCCCACAUCACCAAGCAUUACCCGUACUACAGGACCGCGGAUAAGGGCUGGCAGAACUCCAUCAGGCACAACCUGUCGCUGAACCGCUACUUCAUUAAAGUGCCGCGCUCUCAGGAGGAGCCGGGUAAGGGUUCGUUCUGGCGGGUCGACCCGUCAUCGGAGGCCAAGCUGGUGGAGCAGUCCUUCCGCAAACGCCGUCAGAGGGGCGUGUCCUGCUUCCGGACGCCAUUUGGGCCACUUUCCUCAAGGAGCGCUCCAGCCUCGCCCACCCACUCCGGCCUGCUCUCUCCUCACUCCAGCGGACUGCAGACCCCCGAGUGUCUGUCUCGAGAGGGCUCGCCCAUUUCCCACGAGCACGAGUUUAGCACCAAGCUGGCAUCCGUGCCCGAGUUCAGAUAUUCUCAGAGCGCCCCAGGCUCUCCAGUGAGCGCGCAGCCCGUGAUCGUGGCCGUGCCUCCUCAGCCCUCAGCGGUGAUGGCGGCAAAGCCCGUGGCGUACAUGCCCACUUCGAUCAUCACCUCCCAGCAAGCCUCUGGUCAAGCCGUGCACGUGCUCCAGCAAGCUCCAGCCGUCACCAUGGUGCGCGUUCUCAACCCCGCCUCCAGCUCCGCCAACGGAUACGUCCUGGCUAACAUCGGCUCGACGUCGGUCGUGGAAAGUUCCGGAGAACACAGAGGUGCUGUGGAGGAGAUGGCGGCCCCCGUGUCCAUCCCCGCGGGCAGCCGGGUCAUUCAGUCUGUAGGCAGCCACUUGAGUUCGGCCUCUAGGGGGCAGCAUAGUUACACAGUCCUGCAGGCAACUUCCAUGCCUUUGGGGCAGCACCAGCUCCCGGUCCAGACCAUCACCCAGAACGGCAAACACACUCUGCCUACUGCUGCCAUCUCACCCAACGCUUAUGCUCUCAUCAACCCUCUUCAGAUCCUGGCAGCGCAGGCCUCCACUUCGCCCCCGGUGCUAGUGAACCGGCCCUCCGGUGGUGAAAUACAGGACGCGGGCCUUCAGGAACCCGAGGCCAAACGACCCAAGACAGAGGAUGACGGCAUGGCGUCCGUCCCCCAGGCCGUCAUCGUGGCCAUGACCCCGGAGCCCAGUGACUGAGCAACUGACCGAACGAGUGGAGGAAGAUGAUGAUUAUUAAAGCAAGCUCCCAAAAAAUAGCAUUAGCACAACUUGCCUUUGUUAUUGAGGGGAAUUUGAGGUUGGAUUUCUUUUUAUUGUUUCUUUUUCAUCAUGUUCUUUACUUUUACUAAGAACUUCAGUUAUUUGUGAGGGACGAGCCCUGAGCGAGUGUGCAUAUUAAGGCCAGGUAAGAGCUAAACGCAUUAACUUUUUUAAGCCUUAAAAAAAAAGAAGAAGAAGCAAAAGCUGAGAUGGUUUUAUUAGUGUUUCUUAAACGAGGAUGAGAACGGUCCCUUAAAGCUAUUAAAGACGUGAAUGUACACACAAGUCACCAUGCUGUCGUGUAGUUCCUCACAAGGUACAGUUAUGAGCAGUACGUACUCUGGGGUGGGGCGGGACCAAUAACAUGACAACUAAGCAGCUACUUCUAUAUGGGAACGCCGGCCUCUCGAUAUCGGAGCGUUGGGUAUUAAGCUUAUCGCAGGCUCGGUUCUCACGGGUGUCUCUCAUCUCCAGGGGAACCUUGAAUUUAUUUAUAAUUCUGUGCUAGAAGCAUAGGUUAGAAACACCAUAUGUUAAUUGGAUUGUUAAAACUAAAAUGUACAAAACAAUUUCUCAACAACAACAACACAGUUGUAUACUUCAAGGCAUUGUUUUUCCAGCCUUGAACUCUUUAACAUGCUAUAAAGUAAUUUUCUAUGGUGGGCGAUUACCUUGCAUAUUUAGAUUUGUUGUAAAGAGAAAUGUCUGUUAGUCUGCAAACUUUAAACUCAAAGAGUUCAGUGAAUGUAUGUAGCUUUUUGUUCUUUUUUUUUCAUUGUUCAUGGCUCCCUCUCGCAAAGAAAUUAGAAUGUAUAACGUUUACCAAUGUUUAAUGUUUUUCUCUAAAAUUAAACCAAUUUUGAAGUUAAAACCCUUCAGGUAAUGUUGGGUUUAGUCAUACAUUAGUCAUCCGCAAUGUGCUUUCGAUUACAUGUUUGGCCAAGAAUUGCAUCACCUCGUUAGAUGUUUAUUAUUGAACAAUAAUUAAGCCACAAACAAAUGACAAAUGCUGGAACGUUUCAUUAUUACCAGGGGCUUCUUAAAACCAAUGUGUUUAUUUUCUAUUUCUAAAGACCCAGGAAUGUAAAAAUGUAAUGACUAAUAUUCAUCAUUAGAGAGGCUGUGUUUCUACAGUCCGCUUUCCCAUGACUCACUUAAUGAAUGUUAAACACUUUUCUAAAUGUUCUUAAAACUUUACAAUUUUUUACGCAUUUAAUUUUGUAAGACACUUUCUUUUUUUUCUUUUUUUUGUAGAAAAACAGUGUUGGACAAUCGCUAACAUGGUGGUGUUACUUUCCACUCUAUAGAAAGAUGCACUGUCUGGCCAAGAAAAUAAAUUGUGGUUUAUGAAGGGUCAAAUUAUCAGCCUGCAUCCAGCCAAGAUUUUAAAUAAUGAUUGAAUUGGCACAUUAUUAAGACCUGGAACGAUAGAGCUUUAGGGAAGAAAUCCUGAAAGGAGUUCACUUAAACGCCUCGUGGAGCUGCAUUGUAUAAAAAAAAAUGAACAAUAUAUACGUCAGAGGUAUAUUUAAUAUUGAAAGUAAGAGCAUUUUCAUUCACACAAUGUGAUGAGAACUCGCAGGAUUGGGACUAAACAUUUUUGUCUCCAUACAAGAACCACUUGUUAGAAAAAGUGGCUUCAGUUUGCUAAAAAGCAUAAAAACUGGACUUUGGAGUGAUGGAUGAAGGUCAUGUGACCUGAUGAGUCCAGAGUGAUGGGCGUGUCAGGGUUUGAAGGGAAGGACAUGAAGUGAUGCUCCCAUCAUGCAUAGUGUCCACUGUACAAGCCUCUGGAGACAGUGUUAUGAUCUGGGGGUGAUCAGUUUCUCAGGUCUAGACUCAGGAACGUUAUGGGGCAAUAAAAUGAAGUCAGCUGACCACCUGAAUGUACUGAAUCACCAGAGUAUCACAUCUAUGAAGGGUUUCUACUUCCCUGAUGGCAUGGACAUAUUCCAGGAACCAAACCGCUGGGAAAAGAGUUGUUCUCAGAACAUACAGAAUUAUUUUGAUAUAUGAACUGUGCACCACACUGCACAUCCAUAAUCAAAAAUAAACAUUUUAUGUAUGUAUUUCUUUAUUAUGUUUUUAUUUUUAUUUAUUUUUUUGGCCAGACUGUGUAUAUAAAGAAAGCAUUAGAAGCAACUCCUGAAAAACACCCUAAAUGACCAAAUACAUAUCCGUAUGAUUUAGUGCCUUGAGCUCUGUAGCAAAGAAAGGGCUUUAAACUCUAUUACCUGCUGCUUGGAAGUUAAAACACUGAAGCUUUUUCACUCUUCAGGGUUAGAAUGACACGAGAACAGUCUGUCGGAAUAGGCCUAAUUAGAAACAUGGUCCGAGUUAGGUUCAUGUGUUGUGGAUUAAAAAAUUAAAUAAAUGAAACAUAUUUCUUAUAAGACAUAUAAUAAUAAUGAAAUUAUUAGUUUAAUAAAAGAAAUACAAAUAAAAUAUGCUUGAUGUCAUAAGGGCAUCUGCAUUAUGGGGAAGGAAACCAGGAGGGAGAAUAGUCAGGAAAAAAUUUGUGUAAUGUAAUAUGUAAUGAAUGCCUCUUUUAUUUUUGUCUCUAUUGAUAACUCUCAUCAAGUAGAAAACAGUCAUGAAAUUGAAUCAAUGAAACACUUUGUUUAGUUACUAAUUACAUUUCUUUUGAAUAAGCAUUAACAGCAGUAAGCCUUUUAGGCUUUUAAACCCCUCAGUAAUGCUUAAGCACUUGGACGUAAAAGUUUCUUUUCUCCUUCCAAACCCACUAAUUUAACCUUUUUCCUGCCUAUCAGCUGUUUUGUGUAUCUUUUUAACAAAGUGUCUCUAUCAAUAAUUAUAGAAAAGUAUUUUCGUCAGCUGAUCACAAUGUAUUUGAUUUGUGUGCUUUUGGUGUUUUAUGCAUAUUUGCUUAUGCAAGUGUUUAUACACUAAACAUUUAUAAUUAAAAACAAAAUGUAAGUCUAAUAAACUGAUGCACGUUCUCUUUUCACUUUUUUAGUUGCUAGGACCGUCACAAAGCCACUGUAGUUGUGUUCGAAAGCCAUUAAGAUCCUGUCAUUUGUUCAGUAGGAUUUAUCUGUGCUUUUCAUGCAACCUGACAAAAGAAGAGUAGACUUUGCUUUCUUUAUUUCUCAUAUGUUCUAAGCAAAAUUCAGCAGCUAAAACCGGGCUACAACAGCAUCAUGAUUCGGUUUCUUUUCAAGUUUACUAACCGUGUGUGUUAUGAACUGUGUAUGUUUAAGUCAGUGUGUUCAUAUAGGGCUGUUUGUCAAACUUUUUGUCUCAAUUUCUUAUAAAGUCACAGGGAAUCCUCAUCUGGACCGCGAAAUGUUAAACUAUAGAUAAUCCCAUAAUAGAUUCCAGAAAUGAACUAUUUUUUUUAUAUCUGUAUCCUGUCCUUUCUUUAGAACUGUUUCACUCAUGCAGAAAAAACAACAAUGUAUCUCAUUCUGGCAUCUCAUUCUGUAUCUCUUAAUUCAUUUGCUUUUCAGAUUCCACCUGAUUACAUGAAAGCAUUUUUAUUAUAAUAAUGCAUUUCUCUAUGAACAUGUGCAACUCUCUGUCUGUCCAUCCAUCCAUCUGUCCUCUCUACUGCCUUGUGGAAAGCUCUAUAGCAAAUGCCGAAAUGUGACCACAGCCUAUUAAAAGGUUUGAGAUCU